AGUAAAUAUGGCCCUCAAACUUCUAGUCAAAAGUCCAAAUUUCUCUAGAUAUUUAACGAAAUAUCUGGGUUCAGGUCAGAGAUUAUUCAGUGCAGAUGCAAGUUUUAGUGAGUUUGAGCUAAGGUAUCUCGAUGGAGAAAGUGAAGGUAUUGCCGUGAUGGCCAUGAACCGCCCAAAGGCCAAGAAUGCAUUUAGUAGAAAUCUCCUCAAAUUGAUGGAUGAAGCCCUUCAGACUGUGAAAUAUGACAAGAAAGUGAGAGCUGUUAUAGUGAGAAGUGACGCACCUGGAAUUUUCUGCGCAGGCGCAGAUUUAAAAGAGAGAGCUAAAAUGACAGAGGGUGAGGUUGGGCCUUUUGUGGCAAAGGGACGUCAGGUAAUUAAUGAAUUCACAUAUCUGCCCAUGCCUGUCAUAGUAGCUAUGGAUGGCGCUGCUUUAGGUGGGGGGCUAGAAAUGGCGAUGGCCGCUGACUUAAGGAUUGCUGCUUCUAAUGCCAAGAUGGGUGUAGUUGAAACUAGACUGGGUAUCAUCCCAGGUGGAGGUGGGACUCAGAGGCUUCCUCGCCUAGUAGGUCCAGCAAUCGCAAAGGAGUUAAUAUUCACUGCGAGGGUCAUAGACGGGGAUGAGGCAUGUAAAAUAGGACUCGUGAACCAUUCCGUACCCCAGAAUGAGGCUGGUGACGCUGCUUAUCAAAGAGCUGUUGAGUUAGCGCAGGAGAUCUUGCCUAAUGGCCCUGUUGGUGUUAAGAUGGCGAAAGUUGCAAUAAACAGAGGGAUUGAAGUGGACCUUGACUCUGGUCUACAAUAUGAACAACUAUGUUAUGCUCAGGUAAUACCAACUAAAGACAGAAUUGAAGCCUUGAAAGCUUUCAAAGAAAAAAGAAAGCCAAACUUUAUAGGAGAAUAAAUUAAGAAAUAACAAUAAAUAGUGUAAUAAGAAACUCUACAUGACAGAUGCAAAAUUAGUAAAACAUUGUUGUGGGAAAAUAAGAAAAUUUAUUUUUUCUAAUCAGUGUAAAAAUUGAGGACUAACUGACCUUAGUGUGCAAGCUCAGCAAGUCAUAUUAAUAUACAUUUCCUGUUUUGUAUAUGGUACAUGUAUUGUAUUCUAACAGAUCUAUAAUUCUUUGUUCAAUUGUAUAUAAUUAAAUGAGUGUAAUAUUAUACAAAUAGAUAGAAAAUAAUGUGAA